AUGAUCGCUCUCGCCAUUCGCUCCAUUCGCGGAGCCGUCGCUCGCUUCUCGCCAAACUCCUACUCCUAUGCACCCUUGACCAGCGCCAACUCCGAGCCUUCAUCGCCUGGCGGAUCCAACAACCUGCCACCGCAGUCUCAGUCUUUCCUCGCUCGGUUGACGGCUAUCCUCUUCUUCCUCCUACCCUCGUUCGUCCAGCGCCGACUUCGACCGAACGACUUCAAACACCGACGCUUAUACCCGACAUCAUGGCUUGAUGGAUUGCGCGGCGUCGCCUCCCUCAUCGUCUACUUCUGCCACUUCACAGAGAAGCAUGUAGGAUGGUACUCCCAAACCUACGGCAUUAGGGAGGACGACGACCAUGCCGCUUCCUCGCCCUUGCAGCUGCCCUUCCUGCGUGUCAUUUUCUGUGGCAGGCCCAUGGUCCACAUCUUCUUCGUCAUCUCCGGCUUUGUCCUGUCCCUCAAGGCCCUGAAGCAAGCGAGGAAACACGACUACGACGGUCUGCAUCGCACACUUUCCAGCAGUGUCUUCCGCCGCGGAUUCCGCCUGUUUCUCCCCACCACCGCGUCCACUUUCAUCAUCAUGAUCAUGGUCCGCUUGGGCUGGACCGGAAAGCCACUUCCCACACUAUGGGAGCAGCUGAUUGACUGGAAGAACGCCGUUUGGCAGAUCACCUUCAGCUGGAAAUGGGAUAUCACCCAGUUCCUGCCUUAUGACGUCCACCUCUGGACCAUCCCCAUCGAAUUCUCUAACUCGUUGCUGCUCUUCGUCGUAUUGACCGGUUUGAGCCGCAUGAAGACGUACUUGCGUCUUGCUUCAGUCGUGGCCAUCAUGGUCUACUCACUCCAGUGCGGCCACUGGGCCGCGUUCGAGUUCGUCGGCGGCAUGGGCAUCGCCGAAAUCGGUCUCAUUCAAGAGGCCCGUCGCGAGCGCGCUGCAGCUGUGGUCCAAGACAAGGAAGCGUCCGAUAUGGAGGCCUCUGUGACGACGUCAUCCAAGUCUGCCUCCAUCGGCAGUUUGGCCUUGAAGGCUUUUCUCCUUGGCAACCUCGUCUUUGCCCUGUUCGUCGCAGGCUGGCCCAAUCACCACGCCGACGUUUCCCCAGGUAUGUCGAGACUGUGGCACAACACAAUGGAGCCCUUCUUUACCAUGGGCGGUGACUUGGUGUCUUUCCCCUGGUACGCCCUCGGCGCGAUUCAGAUCGUUAUUGCCCUGCAGCAGAUCAAGACGCUGCAGAACCUCUUCGUGACGCCACUGGCACAGUACCUCGCCGAUAUCAGCUACGCCCUUUACCUCGUCCACGGACCCGUCCUGGAUGUGUUCUCCCAUCGCUGGAUGCCGGUUAUCUGGGCCAUAGUCGGUGGCAGGGACUCCGCGGGCAUGUUCGGGCGUCUUUUCGCGUGGUUUGUCGGAAUUGUCGUACUCGGAGUGCCCACCAUCAUUGGCAGCGAUUUAUUCUGGAGGACGGUCGAUGUCAGGAGUGUCCAACUUGCACGAUGGAUCGAGUCCCUCUGCACACGAGACGAAUAG